UACUUAGCUGAGGACGUCGACCUCCUACAAUGUCUAGUAACUUAAUCCUAUAUAAAGCCUUGAAAAUGUGAUACAUAGAGAUAAACAAUAAGGGAAACAUCUCAAAAAACCAUGCAAGAACAACAGCAACAACAAUCUCUUGCAUGCAUGCAUACAUCUUGAAGCUUUAUAUAAUUAAAUUAGAGUUUGGAUUUGGAUAUGGCCGAUAUGCAAAUUGUUCCUGCCUGCAAAAACGUAGAGGCGCAGUAUGUGGAGAUGAUGGUUCCUCUCUAUUCUCAUGGAUGUGAGAAGAAAAUAAAGAAGACCCUCUCCCAUCUCAAAGGGAUAUACUCAGUGAAGGUGAAUUAUAACGAACAAAAGGUGACGGUAUGGGGAAUAUGCAACAAAUACGAUGUGCUUGCAACUGUAAGGAGCAAGAGAAAACACGCAUCUUUUUGGAACCCUGAAGACAACAUUGCCUUAGAAGAUCAAUCACCAGAACCACCGGCGGUGACAACACCACCACCUUCCUCUCCUCCUUCUCCUAUUCAUAAGACUUCAAGUGGUAAAUACACAAAGCCUUCUUUGGCUCUGAUUAGGGUUCGAUCUUUGAGCUGGAAAGCAUGGACUCCAUGGAAGAAAGUCUUCAAUAGGUCCUAUUCAUUACCCUCAAGGCUGAAGCUCAACGUUAAUUGAUUAUAUACAACGAUCGAUAAGAAAAUGUAAAGGAAGAUAAUGCUUGCUGCCUUCCUCUUGUUGUAAUUUGGAUUAGAUAACUACUAUGUACUUUAGUUAUGUGGAAUUUAAUCAUCUGCCAAAUACCAAUAGAAGCAGGUAUUGUUUAAUUA